AUGACUGACCCCUUCUGUGUUGGAGGAGGCCGCCGGCUCCAGGGGUCUGGCAAGAGUGGAUCUGGGAAGGGUAGCGGCCGGAAGGAGGCUCGACUUCCCAUGCUGCAAGACCCACUGAAGCUGGGGAUGCCAGUGGCCCACAGUGGACAGACAGUGCCUGGCCAGGCCCCACUCUGCUUUGACCCAGGAAAUCCAACCAGUGACAGGACAGAAGGGAAGAAAAAGGGGCGGCCGAAAGCCGAGAACCAGGCCCUCCGAGACAUCCCUCUCUCCUUGAUGAACCAGUGGAAAGAUGAAUUCAAGGCACAUUCAAGGGUGAAGUGUCCAAACUCGGGGUGCUGGCUGGAGUUUCCCAGCAUCUACGGGCUCAAGUACCAUUACCAGCGGUGCCAAGGGGGCGCCAUCUCAGAUAGGCUGGCCUUUCCUUGCCCCUUCUGCGAGGCCGCGUUCACCUCCAAGACCCAGCUGGAGAAGCACCGGAUUUGGAAUCACAUGGACCGUUCCCUGCCUGCCCCCAAGCCUGGCCCGGUCAACAGGCCGGUCACCAUCAGCCGGCCUGUCGGGGUCAGCAAGCCCAUCGGAGUGAGCAAACCCGUCAGUAUUGGCAAGCCAGUGGGGGUCAGCAAGCCUAUUGGUAUCAGCAAGCCGGUCACAGUCAGCAGGCCCGUGCCGGUCUCCAAGGCCAUGCCAGUCACCAGACCGGUGCCAGUCACCAAGCUUGUGACAGUGACAAAACCUGUGCCAGUCACUAAGCCAGUGCCGGUCAGCAGGCCUGUUGUGGUCAGCAAGCCAGUGCCGGUCAGCAGACCCAUUGCCAUCAGCAGACAUACACAACCCUGCAAAAUGUUACUUCUGACCAAGUCUGAAAACAAAACACCUCGUGCCACAGGGAAAAACAGCAGUAAGAAAAGGGCUGCAGACAGCCUGGAUGCCUGCCCCAUCUUGCCCAAGCAGGCAAGGUCAGAGAAUGGGGAGUUUGGCCCAUCCUCCAUGGGUCAGAGCCCAACUUUCCAGCCAAGUGCAGGCUCCAGUCACAGCUCUGCACUGUCGGGGAGCAGGUCCUCAGCUGGAAAAGAGCUGCUCCGGUCUCCAGGCCCUUUGUCCUCACCUGAGGAGGACCCGGAGCGCACAAAGCACAGAAGGAAACAGAAAACACCCAAAAAGUUCACAGGGGAGCAGCCAUCCAUCUCAGGCACAUUUGGGCUCAAAGGCUUGGCCAAAGCGGAAGACAAGGCCCGGGUUCACCGCGCCAAGAAGCAGGAGGGGCCGGGCGCUGAUGAAGUGCGGAAGAAGGUGCCAGCCACUCCCAUCACAGACUGCAAGGAGUCAGCAGCUCCUGUGGCCCACCCAGCCCCAGGUGUCCCUGAGGAGCAGUGGCAGCGAACCAUCCACGAACGGGGGGAGGCUGUGUGCCCCACCUGUAAUGUGGUCACCCGGAAGACCCUUGUGGGACUCAAGAAGCACAUGGAAGUGUGUCAGAAGCUUCAGGAGGCACUCAAGUGCCAACACUGCAGGAAACAGUUCAAGUCCAAGGCCGGCCUCAACUACCACACCAUGGCAGAACACAGCGCUAAGGCCACCGAUGCUGAGGCCUCUGAGGGUGGGGAACAAGAAGAAAGAGAGCGGCUCCGGAAGGUGCUGAAGCAGAUGGGGCGGUUGCGCUGCCCCCAAGAGGGCUGCGGGGCUGCCUUCUCCAGCCUCAUGGGCUAUCAGUACCACCAGCGGCGCUGUGGUAAGCCACCCUGCGAGGUGGACAGCCCCUCCUUCCCUUGCGCCCACUGCAGCAAGACAUACCGCUCCAAGGCUGGCCACGACUACCAUGUGCGCUCAGAACACACAGCCCCGCCCUCUGAGGAGCCCACAGAUAAGACCCCUGAGGCUGAAGACCUGGGUGUGGAGCGGACCCCAAGUGGCCGUAUUCGCCGCACUUCGGCCCAGGUUGCUGUGUUCCACUUGCAGGAGAUUGCUGAGGAUGAAUUGGCUCAUGACUGGACCAAGAGGCGCAUGAAGGAUGACCUUGUGCCCGAGACUGCACGGCUCAACUACACCCGGCCAGGCCUGCCCACACUCAAUCCCCAGCUGCUGGAGGCGUGGAAGAGCGAAGUCAAAGAGAAGGGCCACGUGAACUGCCCCAAUGACUGUUGUGAAGCCAUCUACUCCAGUGUGUCUGGACUCAAGGCCCAUCUUGCCAGCUGCAGCAAGGGGGACCACCUGGUGGGGAAAUACCACUGUCUGCUGUGCCCCAAGGAGUUCAGCUCUGAGAGUGGCGUCAAGUACCACAUCCUCAAGACCCACGCAGAGAACUGGUUUCGGACCUCAGCUGACCCACCUACCAGACACAGGGGCCAGGACUCCUUGAUGACCAGGAGAGAGAAGAAAAAAAGUCUAGCAAGUGGGAAGAAGCGGGGCCGCAAGCCCAAGGAGUGGUCCCCAGAGGAGUCUGAGUCCAAGCUGCCUCUCCAUCGGGAUGACUGGUCUCCAGGAGCCAGGGACAAGGGGGCCCGGGGCUGUAUUGGGCGGAAGGUUGGAGCUGGAAAGUCCCCAGAAAAGUGAGCCUCUGUGGGGGCCCAGCCACCAGGCUGGCCAUCAAGCCCCACUCUCUUGAGAAUAGGGGGCCAGUUUUGAUCUCCGGUCUCCACUCCCCUACCCUUGCCCAUCUGUUCAGUAGGAGGCGCCAGCUUCUCCUCCCCUCCCUGAAAUAGCCAUUCCUGUUCAGGCUGGCUUGGCACAUCCGGACUGGGCGCCCCAGGGUGUCUGCGGCAGCAGCAGAAGUGCAAUAGUCCGGGGUACCAGCUCUUCCCACAGGCUGCACAAGGUCCUGGCAGGGCUUGGGCCUUGGCACCGUGAGUGCGGUAGUGCAGUGCGUUCAGAAGGUCUUGGGUCCCUGCUGUGCCCCUUGGGCCCAGUGAGGUCUCCACUCGGGCCCCCCAAGGCUCAGGUCUGAGCCUGACCCAGUGGUUCUGGCUGAUGCGGGCACCUGAGCAGCUGUCACCAUCCGGGCCUCCCUCACCUUCACCCAACACUGGAACUCCGGUAUCCCCAGCUACCUCCCAGGACAGACCCCGUCCAACCACUGCCAUACUGACCUGACAGCCACCUGCCCUCUCCCAGCCACCCUCUCAGACCCUUUCCUUUUGUUUCUACCUCUCUGGGCCUGCCCCUCUGUCAUCCCUACUGUGCUUCAAGCCACACCCUCCUCGCCUGUGUGCUCACGGUGCAAGCAGCCCCACUGCUUGUUCUGCCUGCGGAGAGAGAGCUGGGCACCCAGCUGCCUGCCUGCUACCUGCCUGAGAGCCUGGUGUUUUCUGCCUCUAGUCUUCUGUUCCUGAAGCUGUAAACCUGAGAUGGGCAGCCUGAAGCAAAAGGGCGGGGCGAGGGCUGGGCAGAAGGGACCCAUAAUGUGUGGCUUCCGUGGGAGCAGCCUGGGCUUACCAUGCCCGCCGGCCAGAGGCCUGGCUUGGGGAAAGCCCUCCCUCUCCUCUAUCAGCUUGCAUGUCUGCUGGCUUGGUCAUCUGAAAUGAGGAACCAAAGGCCAGUGAUGGGUGAGGUCUCAGCCAAGGUGCAGCCCUUUGGGGUUUAGGAGGGCCAGGUCUGCCAGAUGGGCAGGGGCUGGUCUCCUGGGUUGGUAGCCCUGCAUGCAGCCUCAGCGGGUGGCCUCUUUCUUGGCCUAAGUUCCAGUCCAUUUGCAGAGAGGAGGCUGGGAAGGGCUGGGUGAGGUGUUUUUCAGUGGGGGGAGGGCUGAGGGAUCAGGCUCUGAUCCUGGAUGAUGUGAAUUUUGAUAUUGCCUGUGUGCGUGUCUUGGGUGUUGUGGAUGCCAGUCUUGUUGCUGUGACAAGUAACAACUUUUUUAAAAUUCUGUUUUUUAUAAAAAAAAA